GCGCGGCGAGGCAGCCCCGUCAGACGCAGGACCGCGGCCCUGCAGCGCCGCUUGGCUCCGGACGCGGUGGGCCAAAAUGUCGACGAAGAAUUUCCGAGUCAGCGACGGGGACUGGAUCUGCCCGGACAAGAAGUGUGGAAAUGUUAAUUUUGCUAGAAGAACCAGCUGUAACAGAUGUGGUCGAGAAAAAACAACUGAAGCCAAAAUGAUGAAAGCGGGAGGGACUGAAAUUGGGAAGACGCUUGCUGAAAAAAGCCGUGGCCUGUUCAGUGCAAAUGAUUGGCAAUGUAAAACUUGUGGCAAUGUGAACUGGGCCAGGAGAUCAGAGUGUAAUAUGUGUAAUACUCCAAAAUAUGCAAAACUGGAGGAAAGGACAGGAUAUGGAGGAGGUUUUAAUGAAAGAGAGAAUGUUGAGUAUAUAGAACGUGAAGAAUCAGAUGGGGAGUAUGAUGAGUUUGGUCGCAAAAAGAAAAAAUACAGAGGGAAGCCAGUUGGGCCUGCAUCUAUCCUGAAAGAAGUAGAAGAUAAGGAAUCUGAAGGGGAAGAAGAGGAGGAUGAGGAUGAAGAUCUUUCCAAGUAUAAAUUGGAUGAGGAUGAGGAUGAAGAUGAGGCUGAUCUCUCAAAGUAUAAUCUUGAUGCCAGUGAGGAAGAAGAUGCUAAUAAGAAAAAGAAAUCCAACAGGCGCAGUCGCUCUAAAUCUCGAUCUUCCCACUCACAAUCUUCAUCGCGCUCAUCCUCACACUCAAGCUCAAGGUCUAGGUCAAGGUCCCAUUCAAGAAGCUCUUCGAGUUCCAGAUCAAGAUCUCGUUCCACUUCCAGAGAACAUUCUAGAUCUCGUGGGUCGAAAUCAAGAUCCAGCUCCAGGUCCCAUAGGGGGUCUUCAACCCCAAGAAAAAGAUCUUACUCAAGCUCUCGUUCAUCAUCUUCCCCUGAGAGAGGCAAGAAGCGGAGUCGCUCUAGAUCUUCUUCGCCCGGUGAUCGCAAAAAAAGACGUUCGAGAUCACGGUCACCCGAAAGACGCCGCAGGUCGUCAUCUGGAUCUUCCCAUUCUGGUUCCCGUACAAGUUCUAAAAAGAAAUAAUGUAUUAAAGUUCACAUUUAAAAAAAAAAA